GUCGCCAAGACUUGCCACAAAAGUGAGGGGCGGUAGUCGGGCCUCCUGCGCACUCGCAGGACAAGCUAGAACUGGGCGCCGGGUCGAUUGCAUGAAUAUAGAGUCUGCCACCAGUAACGUAGACGCGCUCGGGAUGACUGCGUGCCUCGGAUAGAUGAUUGUGAACCUGCAGCGGAAACAGCGUGGUAGUUCCGAGAAGGGGAGCGUCGGCUUUGGAAAUAUGUCGGCGGAGGCUUUCCGGGUGAUCAACGGACUUUACCUGGGGAAACACUUUCCCGACGACACAGUUCUGUCGACGAUGGCAUACAAGCCACAACGCGGUGACCUAAUCAUCGUCAGCUACCCAAAAUGCGGUACCACCUGGACUCAUCACAUCGUCUACAACAUCCUAAUGGACGCCGAAGAACCUCAGGAUCCGUUAGACCAGGUACUCCGAAUGCCCUUCCUGGAGAUGCAGGGAGCCGAAGCCGCUGUUUACGCUCCCCAACCUCGCGUGUUGAAGACUCAUUUACCUUUCCACAUGAACCCUUAUUCUCCAGACGCAAAGUACAUCUACAUCACGAGGAACCCCUACGACUGCUGCGUGUCGUUCUACUACCACACCCGCAACAACCCGCCGUAUCAAUUUGGCGAAGGUACUUUCGAAGAAUUCUUCGAACUAUUCCUGCAAGGGCGGGUCGAUUUCGGAGACUACUUUGACAAUGUGGUCUCCUGGUACGAACAUCGGAGCGACCCGAAUGUUCUAUUUCUAACAUAUGAGGAGCUUAAAAAGGACACCGCCGGGCUCGUCCUUCGAAUUGCCGCUUUCAUCGGCGAAGAUAGAGAGACGAGGCUUAAAGAAAAUCCCGAGCUUCUCCGGAAAAUUCUCGAGCAUUCUAGCAUGGAAUACAUGAAGCAAAAGGUCGGCGAUAGUCGGCAGGCUCCUAGGCGAGAAUUUAGCAAUUCACCGAAAAUGAAGAAUCUCAGGCCGGAGCUACUGAAAGGACUGAAUAACCUGAUGGAGUUUACGAAGAAACCUAUGACCGGCAAUUUUGUCCGCAAGGCGCAAGUCGGAGACUGGAGGAAUCACUUCUCGUCACAACAGAUUCAACGGAUGAAACAGAGAAUUGCGGAGGCAACUGUAAGGUCUGACUUUAUGACUCUGUGGAGGGACGUAGAUAUUCCAUGAGUCUAGCAGUGGCAUCCCGAUAAUCGGAUAUGAAAACGCGGUAUUUGAAAACGAGCUCUCGUGAACUGCGUAGAAUCGAGGCUCUUGCGGCAGUUUGGGGAAUCAGCAGUUAAUUCAGGUACGUCUGGCAAUAAAAUGUAGAUGAAACGACACGUUGUCAUUUGUGCAAGUAAAGAAGAAAAAUGGAUAUUCUGUUGUCUUCAAAAGCUAACGCCCUAAUUUUUACUUCAUGGCAUAACGUGCAGCGCCAGAACGCUGGCUGCGUAAACAAUCAGGUCGGCGAGGCUUUCUGCGUCUUCCCACAGUACUAUACAUACAAGCUGAGCUCACUACUCCAUGCAACCUUUCCUAUUUUGAUACAUGUUUUUGACACACGGGUGAUUUAGCGUAUCGUUUCGGUUUAGCGUUAUCAGCAAUAGCCAACUGACAGCAUUACACGUGCUAUCCAAUCCCCGUCACCACUACCGGAUGCACACUCGGCGCUGAUUAUGCAACGUGCGCAAUACGGCAUGGCAUUGUGCAAGGACACCAAAACAUAAGCUUAUUACACUUUAGGGAUGUCAUAACUACAGCUGUCCAGUUUUCGUAUUUGCUCACACGCUCAUAUACUUUAUACUCACCGAAAACUGGAUAGACGUGUGUAGGGAAGAAAGAAUGAAACGCGAUUUCUAAAUUUACUAAUUUUUCUUCGCACCUAUAAGCUAAUAAAGUAGAGACUUUUAUUGCGACAGCAAUUAUAUGGACACUUCUACCGGA